AUGGCGGGCAGCAAUGUCACUUCAGAGACAAUCCGCGGCAGUGGGUAUGCCUUGAUAGUGCUUACGACCCUCAUCGUGAUAACCAGAUUCGGGACGACCUUGUCUCGGAUCAAGGAACUCAAGGCAGAGGACUAUCUUCUCGCCUUUGCAUACCUGCUCUUCCUGGUGUUGGCCAUCCUCUACAUCAUCAUCGCGCCGACACUAUACAAGAUCAAAGCAGUUCAACUCCAGCUGAUACAGCCGUAUCCUGAGCUACCGGAGGAUAGUCUGAAACUGCAAAUCUUCUUCUUUUUCGCGACCGGCUCGCUAUGGCUCUGUCUCUGGAUGGUCAAGUUUUCGCUUCUUGCGAUGUACAAGCGUCUCCUGAACGGACGGGUCUACUUUAUCGCGUGGUGGGCGCUUCUCGGUUUCUGCAUCGCGACCUUGAUAGGCUCCAUCAUCUCAUCAUGGCUAUCGUGUUCCAGCUUCAAGGCAUGGUUCACAGCUGGCGCGUGCAAUAAACCCCGAGACCACCGAGCCGCCGCCAUCAGUCUUUACUUUUCCUUCGCGGUGGACAUACUGACAGACCUUCUUAGUGAGUCUACACCAGCCCUCCCCGAGCUACAGAAGAAAUACCAUACCAACAUUUACCCCAUCCAGUCAUGA